GUUUGCUGGCUCGUUGAUCAGAGAGCGAGAGGCAGUGUGCGUCGUGACGUGACAAUGGCGGUAGUUGUGAUCGCGGUGCGGUGCGUUAUUGUGAUCAGCUGAUCGAACGCGCCUCCGAGAAAAUAGAGUAGUGUGUGCGUGUGUGUGCGUGCGUGCGUGCGUGCGUGCGUGCGUGACUGCGUGUGUGAAAGAGAGAGAGAGAGAGAGAGAGAACGAAAGAGAAAGAAAGAGAGAGAGAGAGAGAGAGAGAGAGAGAGAGAGAAAGAAAGAGAGGUGUGUGGUCAAGAAGCAGAAAGGAAGAAGGUCAAGAGAAAAGGACGGAGAAAGUGAAAAGAGAAACAAGAGAAGCACGGGGUUCUCCAUCGUGAAGGAAGUAGUGGGCCCCCUGUAUAUAUCCGGUGUGUGUCGUGCACGAAUGCGUGGAGUUAACACGAGAGGUAGAUAAAUGUCUCUCAACCAUGCCCGCCGUGCGGAAGUACAGAAGGGAUACCAGUGAAGUGAGCUGUUGCCUCAAGUACGUCAUCUUUGGAUUUAACGUCAUGUUUUGGUGGCUCGGUUUGGGCAUCAUGGCGAUAGGCGUAUGGGCAUGGACGGAAAAGGACACAUUUAAUAAUUUGUCCCGCCUCACGAACGUUGCACUCGAUCCAGCAUUUAUACUCAUUCUAGUCGGUACAGUGACAUUUAUCAUCGGAUUUACGGGGUGUGUCGGCGCACUCAGGGAAAAUACGUGCCUCCUAGCCGCAUACGCGAUAUUCCUGGCGUUAUUGCUGCUAAUGGAGAUGACUGCCGGUGUUUUAGGCUUCAUCUUUAAAGACUGGAUAAAAUCACAAGCAACCGGGGGCUUCCAAGCUUUCAUCAUUCACUAUCGCGAGGAUCCAGAUCAACAGAAUUUGAUCGAUUGGAUUCAAGAGGAUUGGUUACAAUGCUGCGGUAUCGAGGGCCCAAAGGAUUGGGAUCGUAAUAAUUAUUUCAACUGUUCGUCGAGUGACAUUGGCUCGAGGGAAGCCUGUGGUGUGCCUUUCAGUUGCUGUAAAAGGAAACCAAACGAAAUUAUCAAGAACAAGCAGUGUGGCUAUGACGUUAGGAAACCUAGCUACACGGGAGAGAGGAGUAUAUUCGAAAGAGGUUGCCUAAGGGCAGGAGAGGAGUGGCUAGAGCUGAACCUUGUGCCUGUCGCCGGUACGGUUGUCAGCACUAUGGUCCUUCAGAACUUUGAAGUCGCUAAAGUGAUUUACGAGAAGGGAUGCGUUCAAGCAGGGGAGGAGUGGAUGGAACGAAAUCUUCUCCCAAUUGCAAGUGGCGCGGUCGUUACGGCUUUUGCACAGAUUUUGGGAAUUUGCUUCGCUCAAAAUCUACGAGCGGAUAUAUUUGCGCAAAAGGCAAAAUGGCAUUGACAAUCGAGAGCCCCCACGGCAGUCUAGCAUCUUCUAUUGAAAAGAUGCUGAUCGUCCGCGUCGAUCGAAUUUCGAAUAUCCAACGUAUCAAUACUCGAUGAUAUCAUGGAAAAGGAAAAAUAAGAAGGAAGAAGAAGACGAAGAAAAAGGAGAAGAAGAAGAUGAUGAAGAAGAUGAAGAAGAAGAAGAAAUAGAAGAAGAAGAAGAAGAAGAAGAAAAGGAAUCCUCGAAAACAUCGAACACAGUUAAGAAGAAAUAGAAAUAUCGUCUCUAUCGAGAAUGAGUGAAGUCCAUCGUAUAAUUCUUAUUUCAUUUGCUGAAGGAUUUAAAAAGGAUUUGACAUGAUCGAAAGGAUCGUGCUUCUUUCAAAUUUCGCUACCGUCCAAGCCUGUGAUCCUUUCAUUGAUGCGAGAGAAAUCGAUCGUUCAUUAUCCUUUCGCCAUGGGUGGUGGUGUUGGUGGUGGUGAUGGUGGUGGUGGUGGUGGUAGUGAUGGUGAUGGUAUUUGGUGGUGGACCAUUACAAGUAUGGGGUUGGGAGGUAUAAAGGGGGGGUAGAGGAGGAAAAGGAAUCUAUAUUUUAUUAAAGAAAUAUUAGUAAAAAGGUAAAAACUUCGAUCGCGACAAUUCAUUUCUUUUUUCUUUUCUUUCUUUUUUCUUUCUUCAUUUCUUAUUGAAUUUAUUUCCAACGUCGAUUUCUGCGCAUCGGUAACAUCUCCGAUAUAUUAUAAAUAAAGAUAUGAGAGAUGAAAAAUAAUCGAUCACGCAAAUCAGAAAUAAACCCUUUUUGUUUCUCUGUUAAAAAAAAACAAAAAAAAAACAAAAAAAAAAAACAAAAAAAAAACAAAAAAAAAACAAAAAAAAACAUUGUGUAUGUAAGUAUGUACA